AUGGAGCAGUGUGGGUCCUCAGCCCCUCGUGCCCAGACCUCUGCCCUAGCAGGAUACUGCAGCAGAGCUGAAAAGGAGGUGAGGAAAGAUGAAGAGAGGGAGGAGGAAGAUGAAGAAGAGGGUGGAAGGGUGGGAGAGGGUCCCCCCGACAAGACAGGCAAGAGGGUCAGGAGGAGGAAGAAGAAGUACCACCGCCAUGCCAAGCCCCCCUAUACCUACCUGGGCAUGAUCGCCUUGGUCAUCCAGGCUUCUCCUGAGAAGAAACUCAAGCUGUCCCAGAUCAUCAAGGAGAUCAACAUGUGCUUCCCUUUCUUCAAAAACGGCUACCAUGGCUGGAAGGAUUCGAUCCGCCACAACCUCUCCUCCAAUGACUGUUUCUGCAAGGUGCUGAAGGACCCCACCAAGCCUAAAGCCAAGGGGAAUUUCUGGAUGGUUGACGUGACGCGCAUCCCUCGGGAUGCCCUCCGGCUGCAGAACACCCCCAUCUCCCGCCAAGAGAGCCGUGUCUUUCCUACUGACCUGGCCCCCUAUAUAUACAACGGGCUCCCAUUCAGCAUCAGUCCCUCCCAGGCUCCCUUGCACCACAUGGCUGCCACUGAGGACAGGGCCUCCCUGACUGGCCAGGGGCCCCAACACAGCAGCCCUUUCAACAUGGAUAACUUGCUGAGCAACUUCCAAGGAGUGGGUCUGUGUGGGAAUGAGCCCCCCAACGCCUCGGCGGCUGGCCUCAAUCCCUGGAGACCAGUCCCCAUCUUCCGUGCCUCUUCAAGCAGCUCAGUUGUGCCCUGGAGGGCUCCCUGCCCCUUGCCUACCCUCCCCUCCUUCUCCUUGCAUGGUAGCUUCUCCUCUCUGAGCACCUUGUCCUCAAACAAAGGACCAGAAGGAAGACAGAGGCCAAAGACAAGACGCACUUCCCAUGUUCUUGCCAAGCGCCCCCGAGUCUUCCCAGACUGCCAAAGCAGUAGCUCAGACUCAGACUCCUCAGAUGACUACACGCCUCCUCCACCUGCCCUGCAUUGGGAUGCACAGCUCCCUACUUCCUACACCAAGUUUGUGGCCCCCAACGUGGUGGCUCCCCCAAGCCACAGCGUGUCCUUCCUGGCCUUUCCCGGAGGUUCAGGCCCAUCUUUCUACAACCCCACUGCGGCCUUUGCAAGUCCAGUGGUCUGGGAGCUGAUGCCAAGGUCCUCUUUAAGUCCCGUCUUGACCUCUGGAUUCCUUGUAGAUAUGGAUCAAACUAUGCCCCCCAACAAGUCCGUGUUUGAUGUAUGGAUGACCCACCCAUCGGACACUGUGUCCCCAGUCUCCAGCAGUUUGGGGUCUUUACCAAGGAGUGGAGUCUUGAAUCAUUAUGACCCUUCAGGAUAG